CAUUUGUUCUCAUAACCACUCACACUACGAAUAGAUUUCUUGUUUAGCUGACAUGUCACAGCCUAAUGGAAAUGUUCCAAACGGUUUCGGCGCACAAAGCCAAGGUGGCAAUAUGAACAACAACAACAACAACAACAACAGCAUGCCAAAUGACUAUCAGAAUAAUAAUGCUGGUGGCAGUAAUAAUCAUGUUAGACCAACUGCUACUACAACCACAACGAGUUUCAUAUCGGUACAACCUAUAAUUUUGGGAACAGCUGCAAAUCUUCAACAGGUACCCACAAACGAUCCUGAUGUCUUAUUCAGAGGUGCUUUUGGUACCGCCGUUCCGCAGUUCUCAGUCACUGUUAACAGAACAAACAUUACUCCCGAGGGAAACGUCGCUGGUGAACCCGUGUUCAAUUUUAACAACCUGCCGCCGUUUUUGAGGGAUAUGGUUGAGAAUGCUAUAAGACUAGGUGGCAGUGCGUUUAACGGGCCGUCGUCCAAAAAGCACGCCACUGAAGACGCUAUAAAGCAUUUGGAAAUCAUAAACCCUGAAGAUCUGGAAGAAAAUGAAUCAUGUUGUGCUAUCUGUUAUGAACCUUUUGACAACCCAAUCAUGGACUCUGGCUUUGAAUCCAGAAAUAUUGCUACAAGAAGAGAAGUUGCAAGCCGCCAAAGGUUUUUGGCAAUAGAUGGUGAUCCAGGCAUUGUCAUUCCAAGAGAUGCCACUGCCAGAUCUCAUAGUGAGUUGAAUUUUGUCUACAAGGAUGACAAAAAAACACAAAAAACUGAAACUAUAGUUCAACCAGAACAUAUACCCGUGAGGAUGCCUUGCAAACACAUCUUUGGCCGCUCUUGCCUAGUUGAAUGGUUACAUUCAAACGUAUCAUGUCCAUUGUGUCGUCGUGAAGUUGAAGCAGAAGAGCCUGCAGAAACAACGUCUGGAAACAUUUCGAGGGAAAGACUGCUCAACACAAGAUCACAGUCUCUGAUCAUGAAUAGGGCCUUUUGUCCCGCAGACUGGGCCUCAAAAGAGUUGACUAAUGAAGAUCCUGCUAUACCUUACCCUUUGGCUACUAAUUCAAGACGUUCAGGAAGAGGUGCAUUACAUGGAAGAACAGUGAUUCAUUUUGCAGAUUCCCCCGUAUGAUUCUAAGUUUCAUGCUUCAUGGAUUUGUAUAAAUCUUUCGAGCAGAUGGGUUCCCUCAUUAUCAUUACUUGCUGUGCCGCUCUUGUUCCUAUUCUUGUUGUUCCUGUUAUUGAUGUUCCUGUUGAUUACGAGAAAAAAGAUUUCAUUCAAUCAGACUAAACUUGUUAUGAUAAUAUUUAAUGAUACAUGACCUUACUUUAAUACCGUUUGCUUGUUCAAGAAGUUGACAAGUUUGUACCAUCAAGGAUAUUUGGAAACGUGUGUUAUAUACAGAAAGUGAUAAUGGUUGUUUCCUCUGGUGGUAUAUAAUUGUUUCUAUGAUAAAUCAUACUGUUCAUUGUAUUAUAAUAAAAGGUGG